AAUGCUUCCGGCAGCACCAGAAAGCCGCGUCCUAAGCGCGUCGUUCGCCAAAUCUUAUAAAUUCGCCUUCACUCCCCACCAUUUUCACUUCCAACUUUCUCACUUACUGAAAACUAUUUCCGUCUCUUGAGAUUACUGUGUUCUCUUUUGGUGGUGUUGUAUAUUUCUUUUUUUUCUUGCAAUGGCGGAAGAAAUUGCACCAGAGCAUCAGGAUCGAGGACUGUUUGGUUUGUUUGGGAAGAAGAAAGAAGAAGAGACACAUCAGCAGCAUGACAGUGCUGUGGACCCACAUGGACAAGGACAUGUGGCAGGUGUAGCUCCACAUGAGCAAGGACAUGUAGGCGAGAUUCAUCCUACCCCUGCAUCUCAUGGUCAUGCAGACGAGGUUCACCCUACCCCUGCGUCUCAUGGUCAUGUGGGUGUAGGUGAACCUCACCCUGUAUUUGGCCAUGUGACUGAGGCUCAUCUUACGCCUGUAUCACAUGAUCAUGUAGGCGUAGGUGAGCCUCAUCCUGUGUAUGGCCACGUGGUCGAGGCUCACCCUGUGCCUGUGUCUCAUGGCCAUGUGGAAGAGGGCCAGCUCCAUGGUGAAGGUGAGGAAAAGAAACAUGAAGGGGGCCUCAUGGCAAAGCUGCAUCGAUCUAACAGCUCCUCUUCCAGCUCUUCUAGCGAUGAAGAAGAAGAAGGAAAAGGAGAGAAGAAGAAAAAGAAGGGUGGAUUGAAAGACAAGUUAAGGGUUCACGGACGCCAUGAGAAGAAAGAGGAAGAUUAUGGUCAUGACAAGGCUGAAGAAGAGGGAGAAAAGAAGGGCCUGAUGGAAAAGAUCAAAGAGAAGCUUCCUGGACACCACAAAGAGGAAGAAAAAGAGCAUUCUUUUUUUCUUGCAAUGGCGGAGGAAAAUGCACCAGAGCAUCAGGAUCGUGGGCUGUUCGGGUUGUUUGGGAAGAAGAAAGAAGAGGAGACACAUCAGCAGCAUGACAUUGCUGUGGAUCCAUAUGGACAAGGACAUGUGGCGGAUGACUAUGAAGGCAUAGAUGAAUCUCAUCCAAUGUAUGGCCAUGUGGUCGAAGCUCACCCUGCUCCUGUGUCUCACGGCCAUUUAGGCGAGGCUCACCCUGUGCCUGUGUCUCAUGGCCAUGUGGAGGGGGGUAAGCUCCAUGGCGAAGGUGAGGAGAAGAAACAUGAAGGGGGCCUCAUGGGAAAGCUGCAUCGAUCUAACAGCUCUUCUACCAGCUCUUCUAGCGAUGAAGAAGAAGAUGAAAAAGGAGAGAAGAAGAAAAAGAAGGGUGGAUUGAAAGACAAGUUAAGGGUUCAUGGACGCCAUGAGAAGAAAGAGGAAGAGUACGGUCAUGGAAAGACUGAAGAAGAGGGUGAGAAGAAGGGGUUGAUGGGAAAGAUCAAAGAGAAGCUUCCUGGACACCACAAAGAGGAAGAAAAAGAGUAUUGAAAAGCAACUGUUUUUGUUGGGUGGUUUCAUCUUUAUAUUAAGUCGUGGUUAGCUAUGACUAUUUACCAUAUCCUGUUAAUUUGAAGCAUACUGUGGAUUGUAUGCAUGCUGUGUUUAUCUUCUAUAUAUAAUAAGAAUGUAAUGGUGGUGCCUUUUUGUAAUUGGAAUCUUUUGUUGAGGCCU